AUGAUAAAGGUGGCAAACAACCUGUUUAUGGAAGAGAUGUGCAGCCUGGCUGCGCUGGCGCGCGGCUGCCGCCCUGCCGGGAAGCCCUGCUGCCUCUGCUGGUGCUGCUGCUGCUCCUGUUCAUGGGCCAAGUGCGUCGCGGAGCGCGGCUCGGAGCGAGGCCCCGGCAGGAAGUCGCGCCGCCCAGGGCCGCACGAGCCGCUCCUCGUCGACGGCGACGCGCCGCCGACGCUGGAGGAGAUCCAGAGCUGGGGACAGUCGUUCGAUCGGCUCAUGCGUAGCGCAGCCGGGCGCAAGGUGUUCCGAGACUUCCUGCGCGGCGAGUACUCCGAGGAGAACAUAAUGUUCUGGCUCGCGUGCGAGGAGCUCAAGCGGGAGACGGACCCCGACGCCAUCGAGGAGAAGGCGCGCUUUAUCUACGAGGACUACAUCUCCAUUCUCUCGCCCAAGGAGGUGUCGCUAGACUCACGCGUGCGCGAGACCGUGAACCGCAACAUGGUGGAGCCCACGCCGCACACCUUCGACGAGGCGCAGCUGCAGAUCUACACGCUGAUGCACCGAGACUCCUACCCGCGCUUCGUCAACUCGCCCCUCUACAAGGCGCUGGCGCGAAUGUCGGCCGGCUCGCCCGCCCCCGCCGCCCCGGCCGCCCCCGCCACACCCGCCGGCACAGACGCGCCG